AUGUCUCUUACCACUUCCGAUAUUAUCUCUUAUCGUGAAAAUGGUUAUCAUAUUAUACCUAAUUUCCUUUCUCCUUUUCAACUUGAGCAAUGGCGAACAAUAAUAUUUGGUGCAGUACAUGAUCGUGCAGAAAAAAAGUAUAAAUUUCCCACUGUUAAUGAAGACGAUCAUACGAAUACUGAUUUAGACUAUUAUGACAAUGUAUUCACGCAACGUGUUAAUUUAUGGCAAACACAUGAAUCAGUCAAACAAUUAUUAUUAGAGAGUGGAUCAGUUAUUGGAAAAAUUGCUGCGGAAUUAGAGAAUAUUGAUUGUAUUAGAAUAUGGCAUGAUCAGGCAUUAAUUAAAGAACCAUUUGCAAAUCCAACGGCUUGGCAUCUUGAUAUUCCUUAUUGGUCGUUUACUUCUCUACAUGCAAUAAGUGUUUGGAUUGCAUUAGAUGACGCAACAUUAGAAAAUGGUUGUAUGUAUUUCAUGCCUGGAUCACAUAAGGUUACAGAACGUCGUUAUUAUGCAUCAAACAAUACAUUCACUGAAAUAAAGAUUGGUAAAAAUCUUUCUGAUAUUCUCAUUACCUAUCCGGAGCUUAAACAAUGGCCAACAAUAGCUGUACCAAUGAAAGCAGGAAGUGCUUCGUUUCAUAGCGGUCAUUUAAUUCAUGGUGCCGGUGCUAAUAUGACAUCUGGACGAAGAGCAGCAAUGACUAUACAGAUGAUGCCUGAUAAUAUGAUUUUUAAUGGUAAACAAAAUAUAUUAACAAAGAAACAAAUGACUGAAUUAAAAGUCGGUGUUUCUGUGUUUAAUGAUGAUAAUAUUAAUCCUAUAUUGUACAAAAAAUUAAGAUAA